GUCUCCUGCAACCUCCUAAUACCCUGAAGAUUAACAUUUAUCAUGCUGAGAUUCGGGCAGCACCUCGUCAAGCCCUCUGUAGUCUUCCUGAAGACUGAGCUCUCCUUUGCUCUUGUGAACCGGAAACCGGUGGUCCCAGGACAUGUCCUUGUUUGUCCUCUGCGGCCAGUGGAGCGUUUCCGUGACUUGUGUCCUGAGGAAGUGGCCGAUUUAUUUCAUACAGCGCAAAGGGUUGGCAAUGUGGUGGAGAAACACUUCUGCGGCACCUCGCUCACUAUUUCAAUUCAGGAUGGCCCCGAAGCUGGACAAACGGUGAAGCAUGUUCAUGUCCAUGUCCUUCCAAGGAGGGCUGGAGACUUCAGCAGGAAUGACGAUGUCUACAAGGAGCUGCAACGACAUGACAAAGAGGAUUCCUCUGACAAGUGGAGGACAGAAGAAGAAAUGGCAGCUGAAGCAGCAAUUCUGAAGAAUUAUUUUCGGGAAAAUUAAAGGUAACAAAGCGUUGGAAAAACAUCCCGUGACAAUAAGAAACUCCCCAGAAAGACAGACUUUAUUCUCCAG